CGGCCCGGCGGCCGGGGCCAUGCGGGCGGGGGAGGAGCUCCGGGCGCCGCGACCGAGCGCCAUGGAGGCGGCGGCGGCGGCUCGGUGACACCCGCGGGCCCGCACCGACACCGGCACCGACACCGGGACCAGCACCGGCACCGCCCGGCCCGCAGGUUUUCUUCACCAGUGGAGCGUGAGGAAUAGAGACUGAAGCAAGAUGAGCGAGCUGGAACAGUUGCGGCAGGAGGCGGAGCAGCUGCGAAAUCAGAUCAGAGAUGCAAGGAAAGCAUGUAGUGACACAACUCUUGCUCAGAUCACAACAAGCCUGGACUCAGUGGGUCGAAUUCAAAUGCGAACAAGGCGUACGCUUAGAGGUCACUUAGCCAAAAUCUAUGCUAUGCACUGGGGAUCUGACUCAAGGCUACUAGUCAGUGCUUCACAAGAUGGAAAAUUAAUUAUCUGGGAUAGUUAUACAACAAAUAAGAUGCAUGCCAUUCCUUUGAGAUCCUCCUGGGUGAUGACUUGUGCGUACGCACCGUCUGGCAACUACGUGGCCUGUGGUGGAUUGGACAACAUCUGCUCCAUAUACAACUUGAAAACCAGAGAGGGCAAUGUGAGAGUGAGCCGGGAGCUGCCAGGGCACACAGGAUAUUUGUCCUGUUGUCGCUUCUUAGAUGACAACCAAAUUGUCACUAGCUCAGGAGACACCACUUGCGCUUUGUGGGACAUUGAAACUGGUCAGCAGACCACCACGUUCACUGGGCAUACUGGUGAUGUGAUGAGUCUCUCUCUAAGCCCAGAUAUGAGGACUUUUGUUUCUGGUGCCUGUGAUGCCUCCUCAAAGCUCUGGGACAUUCGAGAUGGAAUGUGCAGGCAGUCGUUCACAGGGCACGUGUCAGACAUCAAUGCAGUGUGUUUUUUUCCCAAUGGACAUGCAUUUGCCACUGGGUCUGACGAUGCCACUUGCCGACUCUUUGACCUGCGUGCAGAUCAGGAGCUGAUGAUGUACUCGCAUGACAACAUCAUCUGCGGAAUCACUUCUGUAGCCUUCUCAAAAAGUGGCCGCCUCUUGCUAGCAGGCUACGAUGACUUCAACUGCAAUGUGUGGGAUACUCUGAAAGGGGAGAGAGCAGGUGUCCUUGCUGGCCAUGACAACCGUGUCAGCUGUUUAGGUGUUACCGAUGAUGGCAUGGCUGUAGCUACAGGGUCUUGGGACAGUUUUCUCAGAAUCUGGAAUUAACUGGGAGCCAAACAUGUACAUUCUCCAUUUGAGAUCUGGAGAGAUCAAUGCUGCAGCCUAUAGCUGUGAAAUAACAUUUCUACCUUGUAUUUGCAGGUGAAGUUUUUCUAUUCACUGAUUAUUACACAAAAAGGCUUUCUGUAAACUAGAAAAAAAAAUCAAGUGAAGAAAUAGGGGAGGGGGGAAGAAAUCACUGACUUUUUAAAAGGGGCCAGCACACAUAAUCAUGGUGACCGACAAACUAAGAGCCAGUCUUUUUGUUUUUGGUGGUUUGGUUAGAUUGUCCUUGAAGGGUUUUUGCUUGUGCUCAGUCUGCUAAUCCUGUACUUUUUUUGUACAUAACAGAAUAUACACAUUAUAGCAGCCAAUCAUGUAACAUUUGUCUGUAUGUAAAGAAAUAUGUUUGCAUUUUUUAAAGAACUACAUUUAUAGCUUUGCUUUAACCUGAGAUGUCACUUCUGAGUUUUGUAGUGGAUAAACUAGAUUGCUGUUUUAAAUGUUUUUGUGAAUUUACUGUAGAUAAAGUGAAGCCAAUGGUAUGUAUGUGUUUUUAUAAUGGAAGGCAUUUGAAUUUUUUUUAGAGGCCCUGGAGACUCCCAGUUAAUACCUAACCGCCUUAUUCACUCACUUCUUGACCUGCUUGCCUAUUUUUAACCGUGGGGGUUCUUCCUUAAGCCAGUGGUUCCUGGUUCAUCCAUUGGCAGUCAUGGCCUCCAAACACCAAGGAGUUAAUGCCAGGCAGACUUGCAACAACAGAGAAAAUAUAUUAAAAAAAAAAAAAAAAAGUCCAGUUCCAGAAGUAUUAGCUUCCUUACUGCAGCUUUCCACAUCAGUUAUGCCACCCAGGCCUUGGGUAUGGAAACCAAGUGACCUGCAUUGCUGUCGCUAAGUGGCUGAGCGCUUUUCCUUUUGACAGUUCAGCUCUAACUAACUGAGGUUGUUUUGGCCCGUCAUGAGCUCUAGCUGAUUUGCACUAGGGAAAUGAUUUGGCAUGACACUCGGUGUGCAGAAAGCAGCGUGUUUGCAGAGCCGGCUCAGUUACCACCAUGAGCGGAGGAAUUCGAGAGGACUUUGCUUAGAAGCCUAAGGAAGAUUUGAAUGUGCAGUUAAUCCCCUAUAAUUCCCCUCCAAACUGGGGAGGUGCCAAAGCAUACCACAACCAAAAGCGCUUGUUGUCAGUUACGUGCGGUGUGAAUUACAAUAGGAAUCGUGUGACCUAACCCAAACCAAAUAACCUUACUCACCUGCAUCACCCUUCAGAACUCGGUACUCUGAAGGUGGUGACUCGCUUGUUCUGCUGUGGUCACAGCGGUCUGUGCCACGGCGGCCUGUUAGAUGCCAAUCGUUCUGCAGUUCUGCCACUGUAAGUAGCCAUUGCCUCUCCUCCUGAUUUAUUCUGGUUUUAGUGUCAGUAGCUUAUAAGUGACGGGUUCCGGUCAAGUACAGCUGAGUGUAGGUACAGGAAAAUGGGGUGACUGAUGUCCAUCUGAAGCUACCCAGGAAGGGCGUUUAACUUUUUGGUGCCUGGCAGCGUGCCUGCGCUUGCAAUGGAUGUUCUCUGGGGAAUCUAAAAGUCUGUUGGCUUUUUUUAAGUGACUUAUUUUAAAUGUAUGUGAAUUUUAAAUUACCAGGUUGGAAGGUAAUGUUCCUCUGCCCCCAUCUGAUGAUAUGGGGAGUCUGGGUAUCUCUGGGUCAGGUAGUAAAUAUAAGUGCCCAGUAUUUUGUAAUAUACCAAAACAGAUUUGUGGCUGAGGUGAUUAUUUGUCAAGCUUCUGACGUUUGUAAUCCUAAAUUUCAGUACUUCCAAACUGUGCCUGUAAACUUGCCAUGUCUGUAAUGGUGAAGGUGCCAAUAAAUGUACCAAUCACAGUAAAUUCACUUAAAAAUAAAUUAAAAAGAAAAAAAGCACAUCUUGUGCUGAGAAAGUGUACAUUUACUAACAGCAGAUUGUGGUGUAGGACCAAAAUCACACUAUAUUAUAUGUCACAGGAAUUCCUCAGCAUUUUGCUUUAUGAUCUGUCUGCAUUAACAGAACUAUUGCAGAUACUUGUUCCUCUUUUAAGUGAGCAUCUCUUUGGGAUCAUGCAGAUUUGGUUUAAUUUUUAGUGGUGCAUUUAAUUAUUAUUAUUAUUUUAUUUUUUUACUCACAGCUGCCUUGAGUGAAUUCUGAAAACUUGUUACUAUGGAAUUUUAAGAAAAUAUUCUUUUUCUAAAAAAAGUGUUUUCCAUAGAAGUGUGUUUUGAACCAAUUUCCUAGUCAACACUGUUGCCAAGACAGGUGCCAUUUUUACAUUCAGGUGUUAGAACUAGUUUCUACUUGUGAAGCUCCAAGCCCAAUUUUACAGAUGUAUAUAACUUUUCUUAAAAGUUUGGGUAGACUGUAAACACGGUAAUGGCUCUUGUACAGGUAUUACUGCAAAUAAGUUCACUAUCGGUGUCUGAUGAAUUGUCUGUUGGAUUCAGCUGCUUUUAAAAUAGCUGAUGAGGAAUGCCAACCCCUUGCUAAUGAGGUUUCCAAAAGCAUCAUAUAAAUAUCUGCCAGCUUUUGCUGUUUGGUUAACCGGUUUCUGUAGUGCUGCAGGUCCCGAGGUGCCUCUUGUAUUGGCGCACAAGGAAGGGUGGAAGAAGCCUCAGCACAGCUGUGGAAACGGGAUCUGGGAUGCUGCUUGGGAACUUGUAGAGCGCUUGUGAUAGAUCCUGCCAAGGUGAUGUUUGCUGUUUAAUUACAUCAUUUAGAACUUUACUGAAACAAAAAGCCUCCAGGCUUGGUGUAACACACUGUUACUGUAUGAGGCCAAAUAGUGACCUUGCACAAGCUGUGGUAUUUCCUGUUUUUAAAUGGUUAUCAUUGGGGAACUUGUAAGGUGGAUGCACUCCCUGAAAUAGAUGUGGCUUAAUGGUAAAAGCUCAAACUCCCUCUAACGUGAGGAAGUUAAGAAAAUGGCCCCUUGUAGGUUUUACUUAAAAGAUGUAAUUCUGAGCUUUGCAUCUCACAGAAGAUGGUAUAUACAUGCCUGUAGUUUAACGUAAGCUCACGAGUGCAGCUUGUGCCAUUUCUAACCGCAGCCAUGACAGCGAACUUGAUGUACAACAGAUUUUGCAGCACUUGUGGGUACAUCUUAGGCUGUAAAAGUUUGGUGCCAAACUGCAUCAUUAUCUGGAUUUCAAAUACCUUGUGUAAUUACAGAAAUGUAGUGACUGAGACCAUUGUGCCAAACAGUUGGUAGCAAAGUAACUUGUUCCCAGCCUCUCUUCUAUCUAAGUCUAUUGGUUAUGGCUUGGAAGUGGAACUCUGUGCUUUGUGUAGCAGGAUUGAUUUUGUUCAGGUACAGUUAUUUUUUGUUGGCAUAUUCUAAUGUUGAUUUAACUUUGCAACAGAGAAUACUAAUUAGGCACGCACCCAACUUGGGCUUGUUGUCACGUAAGUCAGACAUCUAUUUAUUGGUGGGAUGUUACCGGUUGAGAUUCUGGAAACCACAGAAAGCUUUUACACAUGGCAUCUUGCUGAUGUACACUCACUUACUACUGUAAUGUGGGCCUGUUUCCAUCUGUCUCCAGACCUUUUUUCUUCCAAGCGUUGCUAUCAUCUGCCUCGCUAAAUUGCAGAUACGCACGGUAUCUGGCAGAACCGAUAGUUCCUAAGGUGACACCGAUAUAGACCAUUUGACAUGGAACGUGGAUUCGAUAGGCUUUUCCCCAGCCUAAGGAGGGCCUGACCUUGACUUGGCAAAGCUGACUCGCUGUACCAGCUGGUCCUCGUGUGCUUACUGUAAUGCAUGGAUUGGAACUAGUUAACUCUUCAGUUAGUGUAACCGCGUGUCCCACGAUGAAGUUCACGUUACUUUAAGGUGGAAUGAAAACAUUGUGAAAACAUUCCAGGCGUGCUUAGUCUUUCCUCUUUGAGGACACUGUCACCUCCACUAGGUUUAGUGCUGUGCUUUAAGAUGUUGGUGAGAAUAAGUAUUGGCUAAUUCAAAUAGUUGGUAUAAAUGGUUGUGUAGCAGAAUGACUGAUUUUUGAGAUAGCAUUUCCUGUAAAAGUAAUUAAGCAUGGGUUGAUGGUGCACUUUGUAUACAGUAAUCUGGCAUGCAUGCUGGUAAACUACUUCCUACACUUCAGAGGCACCACAAGCCUUUUUAUCCAAUUGCUGGUUAUGUAAAAUACAUGCAGAAUGUUAAUGCAGUGUUGUUAUGGUAAAUGUGUGAACAGUGUUACUAAUUGAUAUAACUGAUAACAGAUUACAUGUGCCUGACAUUCUUAUACCACACAGUAUGUUUAGGUUUAACUAAUAUGGACUUCGGUGGAAUAGUCUUAGAUAUUUCAAGCCUUUGUUUUACUUACACAAUGGUGCUCUAUUUGUGUUUUUCUCCUUUUUUUCUCUUAAAAAAUAAAAGCAUCUGAACACUUGUAGUACAUAUUACAUCCAAAGGAGUCCAAAAUGAAAAAAAAAUGCUUCUAAUCAUGCUUGAUUUUAAUUUGCCUUUAGUUUCCAGCAUUUCUCAUCAGCUAGGUUUUGUUUUUUUGUUUUUUUGUUUUUUUUUACUUGUUGCUGACUACUUUGGAAAACUUCAGUAAUGUUACCAAUUAUGAAGUGAUUCUGCACUGCCUUUGGAUCGUGUAUGUAUACAGAAACAGUCUUAAAGCUUUUAUUUAAGCUAUUCAAAAAACCAGGGACUUGUGCCAUUUGUUCUUUAACAGUGCUGUUGUAAAAAGACUUCCCUGUGAAAAAAAAUCACUUGCUAUGAACUCUGUUUAUAGCUUUUUUUUUUUCCACAAUGGAUCUUUUCUUUGUAUUUGUACAGUGGCUCAGUGAAAGAUGUUGCCAUGAGUUGAUAUUGUAACCAAUAAACAAGUGCUUUUAACCAGA